AUGGCACCCGAGCAGUGGGUAAAGUUACUUCAAGACGCCAAAAAAACAGCAAUUAUUCAGGAUGGGAAAAGAAAGGUGCAUUUUUUGAUGGGAGAUGGUCGAGAAAUGGUGGAAGAAUAUAGCAUGGAAACUAAUGUUCUUGUGAAGCGAUCAUGGAAAGAGAAAGGAAAAUUGGGACAGGACAUGGGGUGGGUGGUGGAAGUUGGUGAUCCACAGCCAAAAAUUACAGAUAAUUUGGAAACUGUUGGUAUAAGAGAGAGCUCAAGUGCUCCACUGAUCACACGAAGGAUAACUAAAACUGCCUUAGAAUGGAGGAUAAGAAAUUUGUCUUACCCCAAAGAUGUUUAUUCUGUAUCAGCAGAAGAUGAUGGAACAAUAACUGUGCGUACAAGUAACAAAAAGUAUUUUAAAAAAAUGAACAUUCCUGAUUUAGAUCGAAUAGGUUUGAAACCAGAGCAAGAAAGAAUAUCUUUUACACAUCAGUACAAUACUCUUACAAUUACAUACAAAAAACCUCCAAAACUCCUUGCCAUUGAAAAAGACAUAUUUGACAUGGUUUCAAAAUUAAAAGUAGCAAAAGAUGGAGAUGUUCAGUGUCCAACAAGUUAGCAAAAUAAGGAUUUAGGAAAAAUAUUCACUAUGUUUCUGUUCCACUAAA